AUGAUUUUCUGGACACUUGCGUGCAGUGAUGAUUCUACACCCAAACCUCUCCAUGGUGGGUAUGCUGAAUAUUGUAAUUGGCAAUUCUGGACAUCUCUCUAUCCGACUACUAAAAGUAAGAGGAAGCAAAAUAAUCCAACUACACCAGAGUCUGGGAGGGGUACUCCAUACUCUGCCAGUCCAGAACCUUCACAGAUGGUCUCACACUUCACCUUAGUCGAAGCUAAUUGUUCCCUCUACCAGGUCGUCCUGUGUCAAUUGCUGAAGGCAACUUUGAUACACUUCUUCCAAAUCCCGCUGAAUUCGGUAUUCUUGAAGCGAUUUACAAUUGUCCUCGAUAAUGAUAGUGAAAAAGGCUUUGGUUUGUUGAAGCACACACUAGUCAGAACUGCCAUAAAGAACAGCGCAGUUUUUGAAAUCAACUAUGCAGGAGCCAUCGGCGGCAAAAUUGAAGCCAGUCUUUCAGCUUUCGGUGUCAGCGAUACCGGUGCUGUUGAAACACAUGGAUCGACAUUGAUUGCUCCUCCGACGAACGCGGCUCUCACAUAUUCUUCUGACCCAGGCGAUGAGUAUAAUGGGCAAUUGCAAUGGCAGUUACUGACAAUAUCAUACACACAGACACAGCAUGUGGAAUUCUUUCACCAAUGCACAUUGUCUUCCCCAUCGUUGUUCCGCGUCAUGAAGUGCUUGAUCCAGAUGCUCAUGAGCCCUGACGGAUUCAACCUGAGCAGUGAAGCUGAUAAAGCAUCCUUACUACAGUGUGUACAGUUCUCCCUUUCCCAAAAAUCUGUCUCUUACCGCGUUCUUCUAUGCCUCAUCUCUGCACUCCAGUUUGUUGGUGUAUCAGCAGCAACUGUGGUCCCUCUCGUCCUCCAGUUCAGAAUGAACGUCACACCCAAUGACUGUGGCUCAAUCAUCAUCGCUCCCCCAUCAAACUCUCUGCAAGUGCUGAACGCUGCGCACGUAUCGCACUUCUCGAUUGUCUCCCUGACUUCGUCGAGAAGCUGGAUGAGAAAACAGUCGUUGACAAGAUGUGGCCAUCCCACAACUGCCAUCGGCGUCCUCAUUGCAUUCUCUUUACAUGUUGUCCCAUAG